AUGCAGACGAACGAUGUCAUUAAGUCGGAUGAACUGGACACUUCGAUAUUCAUCGUCACGCGAAUCGCAGGCCUUCUCUCGUUCGAAGGAGAAAUUCCGCAAUAUCGCAAGGACAUCAGAAGCCACAUUGCUGAACUUUUCGCCAUAUCGCACGCUCUACAUGAAUUGCACGAUGCAUUGGAAUUGUCCCGCUAUGGCAGGUACGCAGGCCACAUCCUGAAGGAUCUAGAGGUUUGCCUUCCGAGCUUGGGCUAUACGCUUGAAGACGUGCAAGACAUCUUUAAUAGAUCCAAGAAGAGCAGACACGCUGCGCCAGGUGCUUUUCCGGGCACACCACCAUACGCAAUUAUCUGGGAGGAUGCGCUUGCGGAUUUCACCUCACAGGGCAUGUCCCUCCCCAAAAGAUUCGAGACCUUUAGAACGUAUCUACAGGGUAUGCAUGAUGCUUUGAAAGGGGAGGAGGAUGAGGCAGAAUUGGCUAAAUUCAAAGUUCUACUAUCAAGAUUACUCAAGAAGCGAAAGCCAAUGCCGGUCGAAUCCUACUUCAGUAGACUUUCAGUACACGGCAAUGGGAAGGGCGUUGCUAGGACGCCGCAGCCGCCUUCUCCCAAAGUACCCAGACCGAAGAUACACCAACACCCUACGUAUCCGGCGCCUCAGUACGCAUAUCAAGCACCGCAGCUACCACUACCCCAUCGAUCUCAUAUUGCACCCACGUGGGGAGGCAUAGGAGACAUACCGUUCGUCCCACCACCGGUUCCAGAGAUCCCUCAGUCGCCCACAUAUUCGUCUGCAUCAUCACAGGCUUAUUCAAAUCAGUCGACAGACUCUGAGCCGGUCGCUCACUGGGCAAUGAAGAUAUUCGAUGGUCGCCACGGUUCCACUCCUUUCCAAAGCCCUGCAGAGCGCACCAAGUGCUUUGGACGAGACGAGCCCCGAGUGAUUGAGAUGCUAGAUAGCGAUGGUUUUGAGAAGGUCUUGGAAUUACCAUUCGAAGCAACAAAUGUCUGGGUAAGGAUAUACUGGAGAGCUGAUGACAACCGCGCACGAAUACUCUUCCUCACUAUGGAUCCCGACGGACAUCGCCUGAGACACCAGAUCCCAAUCACCGCGUUGGCACUCCGACGUGCAGGAUCAUCCUUGCGGCUCUGCCGGGUCAACCGUGAAGAUGGUCGACUUGACCUAUGGGCUAGAUUGCGCUUCCCUUUAUAUGAGCGCAUGGUGUUGUUUUACUGCACCGCCAUUGCUAUGAAGCGUCAAGAUCAAACCGGUAUUGCAGAGGGACUGGAAGAUGUUUUCGUGCCCGGGGAGAAGAUUGUGUUCUCUGGUGAGACGACUGAUAACAGGUAUCUCCAUGCCUUCCGCAUCUACUAUGACACAGACUCUGGCUGCGUACGAUUCGAGGCUACUGCUCGCCGUGGGCCGCUAAACACGAUCCCUAUCUGGACUGCAUUCGUUACGCAAUAUGUUGGACGUAGCGACUGGAUGAAGCGCGUUGGUCCCGAUACAAUCCAGUUUGAGAAGCUGCAUCCGUAUGUUUUCAGUGAUGGCUAUAGGUUACCCAAAGGCUCUACGGGCAAAUACCGGUUGACCUUUACUUCAUCAGAAGAUGCGAAGCACUUCAGAGACAGUUUCCACAGCAUCCGAUCACAAUCCACCUCCUUUUCCUACCCGACUACCAACAUGGCGAACCAACAAGAAGCCGGAAAGAAGGAUCCCCUCACGGGCAUGGCGCACUCUGAGGCGCAUUACUUCAACAGUUACAACCACCAUGGCAUCCACGAGGAAAUGCUGAAAGAUGAGGUGCGAACCAAGAGCUACCGCGAUGCCAUCUACCAGAACCCCCACCUUUUCAAGGACAAGGUCGUCCUUGACGUUGGAUGCGGUACAUCCAUUCUCAGCAUGUUCGCCGUAAAGGCGGGCGCAAAGCAUGUCAUUGGUGUGGACAUGUCGACCAUCAUCGACAAGGCCAAGGAGAUUGUCGAGGUCAACGGCAUGUCGGACAAGAUCACCCUGCUCCAGGGCAAGAUGGAGGAGGUCGUACUACCUUUUGACAAGGUCGACAUUAUAAUAUCCGAGUGGAUGGGCUACUUCUUGCUCUACGAAUCCAUGUUGGACACGGUUCUGUACGCACGCGACAAGUACCUUGUCAAGGACGGCUUAAUCUUCCCCGACAAGGCCACCAUCUUCAUGGCUGGUAUCGAGGAUGGCGAUUACAAGGAGGAGAAGAUUGGAUUCUGGGACAACGUCUGGGGCUUCGACUACUCUCCCCUCAAGGCAACCGCCAUCACUGAGCCCCUCGUCGACACCGUCGAUAUCAAGGCCGUCGUCACCGACCCCUCGCCCGUCAUCACCCUUGACCUCUACACUUGCACUGUCGCCGACCUAGCUUUCCGGUUACCGUACGAGCUCAAGGUGCGCCGUAGCGACUUUGUCCACGCCGUCAUCGCCUGGUUCGACAUUGAGUUCGCCGCCUGCCACAAGCCCAUCCGCUUCUCCACCGGCCCCCACACAAAGUACACUCACUGGAAGCAGACAGUCUUUUACCUCAAGGAUGUGCUCACAGUUGAGGAGGGCGAAACCAUUAGCGGCAUUCUAGAGAACAAGCCCAACGAGAAGAACCAUCGCGAUUUAGACAUUAACAUCUCAUACAAGCUCGAGUCGAGCGAUAUGCACAGACAAGCGUCUGGCGAGGCCCAGUACAAGAUGUGCUAG